UGACCCAGUUCAAUUCAGUACAUUUUGGUCAUGCAAAAUCACCAGAAUUUAUCAUUCUUCUAAGAACGCCAUAACGUCAGCGUUAACGCCAUUUUUGAGGGUUUCUUAAAACGUGAAGUAAAAGAAAUGGAAGUUUAUAUCAGCCUGAUCAAUGAUUAUAGCCUGCAGGCUAUUAGAAACUCCGUAAUUCCAUACGUAAGGGUUUAAUUAGGGAACAAGAGGGUACUCGAAUUUCAAUCGUAGCCAUAAUUAUAUUCGACUAUACAUGAUCAAUAUUUUACUUCAAGAAGAAAUGGGGAUUUCUUUUCGUCGGUUACCACUACUUCGCGAUGAAAACGUAGGUUUAAGAACUUCCGAGCAAUGAGACACAACAGGGUCCAACGCAGUUACAGGAAACUCGUAUAGUCCAGAUAUCAAAUUGAACGUGAAUUCAAGCGUCUGGCUUCGAGAUAUUUAUACACAGAUGUUCAAACUAUUUACAUAUUGCCUGGUGGUUUUCUUAUGGCUAAACGAAGGAACAAGUAGCGAAAAAGCAACAGUUCCCGAUAAGAUAUGUCAGCGGAAAAUCGUGCACCAAAUGGACUACAAGUUCAACUCAACGCUGAACGACACAACUAUAUUUAAAGGAAGUGAAUUUUUUUUGUCCCUACUACUGCCUCAUUUUACAAACUCAGGUUGCAACGAUUCAUUAAUACGAGUGACAGUUAAUAGAACUUUAGUUCAACAAACAAAAAGUUCUCAUCUCGUUAUCGCAAACUAUACGAUAUUAAUAGAAGUCAAAGAGGAAUAUCGACUUAACUCCAGCAUAUUAAGUGGAAGCACAGGCAAGAAAAUCGACAAGUGCUAUGACACAAUAAUCGAUGACGCUAUUCUUGAAGAGAGGUUUCUUUCGUAUUUUGCGCUGAAUAUAUCUGGCGAUAGACUGAAGCUGAAUUACUACUUUGUCCACGAACCAACACAAAACUUAAAGUGCAAAGACGGAAUGAUAUUGUGCCCAGACGGAUCAACAAACGUCGCUCAAAUGUGUGAAUGUUCAAAAGGCACAUAUUUGGAUGUAAAUCUCAAGAAUUGUAAAAAAUGUCCUGAGGAUCAGUAUCAAAAUAUGACGGGGAUGUUCAACUGUACUGCCUGUCAACCAGGACACACUACCUUUAAUAAGACUGGAAGCAAUAAAAGUGAAGAUUGUCAACUAGUUCCAAAACACACCACAACAGCCACUUCCACAACAACAACAACAAAAACACAGACAACAGCCACUCAGCCAUCGUGUAACAGCGGCGAAUACCUGAAUACCACGCUAAAUGAAUGUUUGUCUUGUCCAAAAAAAUAUUAUCAAGACGAGGCCAAUAAAACAUUAUGCAAAAAAUGUACAAGAGAUACAGAACUUUCCUUAUGUAAAGAAGAAGAAUCUGGUAGAGAUGUAUACGUGCUGGCCAUUGUUUUACCCGUCAGCGUGGUCGUACUCAUUAUUUUUGCCGCGAUCGUUAUAUUCGUGUUAUAUCCUCGGAAGAAAAGGCAGGAAUAUAGAAAAAGUUUCGGGCAAAUGUUUUUAAGAAAAACAGUACAAUAUCCAACAAAACGCGACGUUGAAGCGAAUAAUUAUCAAGGUCCAAAAUCGAGAACAACCCAAAACGAAUUCUACGAAGAGAGCCCGAAUAACUCCGAUAAUGAAAUCGAAGAAGCCUCUAGUUCAAUCCUUGGAUAUUUAGCAGAGGAUGUUGCGAGAUGCGAUCUGGAGAUUCCACGUGACCAAAUCACGGAGACGAGAGUGAGACUGGGGCGAGGACACUUCGGCGAAGUAAGACAAAUCAUCCUGCGAAAACCGGAUCAACCAGAAACGCUCUGUGCCGCAAAAAUGUCGAGAGGUUCGCAAGCUCCCGUAGCUGAUAUGCUGGAUGAACUAGAAAUUCAUCUUAAGCUUGAAGACGUUCACGAAAAUGUCGUUAAUCUGAUAGGCGUUUGCUCUAGUCAGGGAGGACCAUUUUACCUUAUUGUGGAAUAUUGCGACAACGGAAGCUUGUUGGAAUAUCUUAGGAAACAUGAACCUAUACCAGAAUAUGUUAAUCUGGAAAAGAGGGAGACGCUAUCUUUGGAGUGGAAACUGAGAUGCACCUUAGAGAUCUGUAGGGGCAUGGAAUAUCUUGCGAAGAACAAGAUUGUCCACAGAGAUCUUGCAGCAAGGAACGUUCUGUUGGACAAAGAUACGAAAGCAAAGAUUUCUGAUUUUGGAAUGGCGAAAGAUGUCUACCUUAAAAGUUACUACACACAAACACACCAGGGUAGCUUUCCGCUACGAUGGAUGGCGUGCGAGUCGAUAAUGAAGAUGGAGUUCACUGAAAAAACUGACGUGUGGUCGUUUGGGGUUCUAGUUUGGGAAAUUUUUACCGACGGAACGCUUCCUUACUACCGAAUUAUCAACGACGAAAAGGUGGCACUCUAUAUCUUGAGUGGAAAGACGUUAAAACGACCCGAAAGUUGCCCAAAGAUCUUAUACAGCAACAUCAUGUUAAAAUGCUGGGGCUACAAGAGUUUUGAUCGACCAAAAUUCUGGGAACUUUGUAAGACUCUUGAACAAAACACUAACAAACUACUGCACAACGAAAAAGGAAGGUCUCUACAGAGUCGAUUAGGACGAGACGUGUUCAAGAGAUUCAACGAAACGAAACGGAGUUUGAAGAGAAGAAUGUCUCGUAAAGGUUCAAAGCAAAGCGUAGAUGCAUUGCCACACGCAAGCUCCAGAAAACUAUCCCAAGCAUCACUUGAUCGGCUUAGCAACGACAGUGAGUCGCAGAGGACGCGUGAAUUGAACACGAACAUGUUUUUUAAUCCAGGAGCGGACAGUGAUAUCCCCCUGCAAGCGAGCCCCUUCCUGAAGAAAAAACCGAUAAAGACUCCAAAGAACAAUGACGAGAAUAUCGAGAUGUUGGAUGUGAUGCAAGAGAAUGGCAUCGAAGAAAGCUAUAGUAAGGGACGCAAAGAUAGUACAGGAAUUGGACCGCAAAGUUCCGCAAAUGAUGAUACAGAAAACGAUUCAUUGAAUACCAACGAAAUCGGUUUACAACCGGGAGAUUCAUGUGAUAACAAUGAUGUUAAUAACAAUGACGGCCUGCGAGAAAUAACUCCCGUACCUGAGAGCAUAACUGCAGCAGCUGAUUCGUUUGACAUCGAAUCAAACGAUGAACAAUAUGCGUCUAAAGAUUUAGAAAAGCCAAAUUCCAACCGUAUUAGAGACAAUGAAUUUGGAUGUAAUGAUUUUCUUUCAAAAACGAGCGAACGUUCAUCUCCGGUAGAUACGAAUCGUUUUCCCGACACAGAAAGCAAAAAUAUUGACAUACAACGUCCGGAGAUUCCCUCUGAAAGUUCGUCGCACACAAACGAUGACAAUGAACACGGUAAACAAAGCAUGACAAAUAACUUAGACGAAUUAUCGGAUAAUUCGUGCGAGGAUGUAGAAGAAAACUACGGCAAAUGUUCUGCGGACAUCACAGAUACUUUCUCAAAGGGAAUGUCAUCUUAUUCCGAGACAGAACUGGACGAUAGUUGUCUAACUGACCAAAACAUGGAUGAAAACAACGACGAAUACGGAGAUAUCAAAAUAAAGAACGAUGAAGACGAGUCUGAUUCUUUUGAAGCACAAGACUUGGAAAACGUACCUCACCAAACAAGAAGCGAAGAUGCAAAACAAAGUAGCGAAGAAAGUGACUCUUUAAGUGAUGUUUUAAACGCCGUGAAUGGUGGUUUUCAGGAACAGGAAGAGACGGUAGAAGACACAGCAAACAGUAGUUCCUGUUAAAGACGAGGAUAGUAAACAUUCCUUGUUCAGUUGAGCAGACAGUUUUGCCAAAACACGGAACUGGCAUAUUGCUCAAGGCUUUAUUUUGUUGAACAACAAAUAGCUUAGAGCAAGCUACUUACGGAGAAAAGCUUUCGUAUCGCAAAUUCAAGAUUCAGUUAAAAUGUGGUUACAUCACUGAGGUAUUGAAAUAAGUCAUUUAUAUGUUGCUGCUGCUAGGAACAGUCUAAUGUUGCUAUUGCGUGUGUUCGUUUGGUUGCACAUAUGUUUAUUUCAAUACCUCAAAAUCAGGUAAUGCCUGUUAAAACUCAGAUAAACGGGAACGUCGGCAUGAACGACUCCUAGACAGGUACCACGGCAAAUAGCUACUUCAUUGGAGAUAAACAUAUUAAAAAGUUAUAUCAUGCAAUAAAUCUUACAUAUUUAUAAAAGCAUAAUAAAUCUAUAAAUCUAUAGCAAUAUUGAUAAAUCAACACCUGAAAACGUUUUCUCACACUGUGUACAGUAA